AUGGCUGUAGGCCGCGAAAAUGGACACAGCAAGGGUGAAUUGAACGGGGACGACCACCCGAUUCGUUAUAUCCCUCUUUCCUACGACGGCACCAACUCGGAGGAAUCAGCGCUCCGCCUCGUGCUGUCUAUUCGUCCCGACUGGCAAUCGCCCGACUCGAACGUCGAGUUCAUUCGCUUCACCGACGGCAUCACAAACACCCUUCUGAAGGCAGUCAACAAACGCCCCGGCCUAUCCAAAAAUGACGUCGAUAACGAGGCCAUCCUCCUGCGGGCUUACGGCAACGGUACCGACGUAAUUAUCGAUCGGCACCGCGAGACCCAGAACCAUGAGCUGCUCAUGAGGAACGGCUUGGCUCCCGAACUCCUUGCACGAUUCGAGAAUGGCAUGAUGUACCGCUUUAUCCAAGGCGCCGUUACCCAGCCCGAGGAUCUGCGCAAGCCCGAGAUCUACAGGGCCGUCGCGCGCCGUCUGGCCGAGUGGCACGCCAUCGUGCCUUGCAUAUCCGCCCGCACCGGCCACAGCCGUAAGAACUCGAGGGUCGAUGGGUUCGUGGGCUCGGCACUGGAUAGCAACCUCGGCGACGCUGAGUUCCAGCUGGCUCUUGACGGCGUCGCACCGGGAAAGCCGCCCCCGAACGUCUGGACCGUUAUGCAGAAGUGGAUCUUUGCUCUACCAACCGAUACGGAGGCGCAAAGGGCCCGGCAGGCUGAGCUGCAGCAGGAGCUCAAGAGGCUCGUUUCCGAGCUAAGCCAUCGCCCGGGCCUGGGUGCAAAUGGGCUUGUUUUUGCGCACUGCGAUCUCCUGAGCGGAAACGUCAUCGUGCUACCCAAGUCUCAACUCUCCAACGGCGACAAGUCCUCCGAGCCCACGGUCACCUUCAUCGACUAUGAAUACGCGACACCCUCGCCAGCUGCCUUUGACCUGGCGAACCACUUUGCCGAAUGGGGUGGAUUUGACUGCGACUUUAGCGUUCUGCCGACACGCGCACAGAGGCGCGAGUUCAUUGCCGAGUACAUAGACUCAUACUUCAGCCUCCUCGAAAAGAAGAGGCCUACAGGGGCUGCUGUUGACAAGGCCGCCGAGAUCGAGCAGCUUCACCAGGAGGUGGACCACUACCGGGGUGUUCCCGGUCUCUACUGGGGAAUCUGGGCCUUGAUCCAGGCCACCAUCUCCGAGAUUGACUUUGACUAUGCCUCGUACGCCGAAACAAGGCUAGGCGAGUACUAUGCCUGGCGUGCCGAGAUGACCGGAGCGCGGGAGAAAUCCGGGCAGGAUAUGCCGUUGCGGGAGCGGAGGUGGGCACAGGAGAAAUAG